AGGUCAAUCUCCUCCUGGGGACAGUCCUUGCAGGCAAGAGCCCCGCCUGCUGCAGUACAGGGAGUGCCUGGUGGCUCUUCCUGCAGGGUCAUCAGAGGUUCACAGAAGGCAGGGCUGAGCCAUGGGGAACAAGCGCGACGCCAUCCUGGACGCGCUGGAGAACCUGACAGUGACUGAGUUCAAGAAGUUCAAGCUAAAGCUGGGGUCUGUGCAGCUGCGUCAAGGCUUUCGGACCAUCCCACGAGGGGUGCUCGGGCCGCUUGACGCCAUGGAUCUCACUGACAAGCUGAUUGCCUUCUACUGCGAGGACUACGGGGCAGAGCUCACAGCAGCCGUGCUAUGCGACAUGGGCAUGCAGCAGGAGGCAGCGCGGCUUCAGGGGGAGGAGAGGACCUCACCCCAACCUAAAAGACUUUCUACCCACAGAGCUGAGAGGAGAGAGACUCUUGUCCCUGCUGGUCUCUCCAGGGCCCAGCCCAAGCCCUAGGGCAAAGUGGGUCUCCCUAAGUGCUUGGAAAAUGAAUGCUUGAGGGACAGCUGAAUAAAUGAAUGAACUGAAGCCAGAGCCUGCAGCCCAGAAGUCGACUCUACCUGGGAAGCCUCAGGCCUUCACGUAUGCUUGGCCUUCAAAUUCCAGUUUUAAGUUUCAUUCAUAAUAAAAACUUAAAUCUCACUGUGGCCCAGAAGGCCCUACCUAAUCUAACCCCAUUCAUCUCUCACCCUCUCCCUCUACUCACUGCACCUGGGCUUCUACCUUGCCCUCCCCUCUACCUGAAACACUCCAUGGCUCCCUCCACACCUCCUGCAGUCUUUUACCCAAUAUCACCUUUUCAGCUAGGCAUUUCCUAACUCCCUAAGCUCACAUCUUCCUUCCCUACUUUAUUUUUCUCCAUAACAUUUAUCACCAUCUGAAAUGCAACGUAUUUUAC